GCUCAGUGGUCGACCGGGAUUAUUCUCUUAUUAUAAACCAGCCAGAAACUUCCAGAGAUCACAGAUAUUGACCUUGUUCUAUGAAUACACCUUUUGAGAAGUUUUUCUACUUUCUCUGAGACUUUACACAAGGUUAUAAGAGGAGAGUCAACAGAAGACAGUUGAGAUUUCAAACAAGAAGUCUUGGAAAUCUCACAAAAUCUUUUUGCACCUCGAAUGGGAUUGGUCAAAAACGGAGUUUACUUGAAUGGUGGAAAUAUUUUUAAUCCACCUCUCGAAGAAACAACUUUGCUCUUUUCAAGAGUUUCUCAGGAUGGUUUCUUAUUUUGCAAACUAAAGAACACACUUUCUUGGGAUUUAAAUGGAUUACUAGCCAAGGAAAGAAAGGGAGCAUUCUUUUUGAAGAAUGUAAUGAGAUAACCAACCUGAGCAAACAAUGCUGAGACAGUCCAAUUGACACCUGCGAAAUAUCGAUACACAAUCCAGACAUUUUAAACGAACACUUUAAGAGAGUUGAUUGUGACAGGAGCCGAGAUCUUCCACUUUGAGCGACGUUCAUUGUGACCACAACCAGACCAUUAGGAAGUACAUUACAAAUCCUGGCAGCACAUGCCGAGGAAUAAUCAUGAGUCUUAAUAAUAGUAAUGGUGAACUGUCCUUUUCAUUGAACAGCGGAAUCUACUUGUUCUUAGCUGCUUGAUUUCGUGAUUGAUUUGGGAUUAACAUAUUAAUGAAAGUGCACUUUGUGGUCUUGUGGAAAGUCAAGUUUGAUGUCUCACCACGACAAAAGAUGCAAGAAGAGACAACUAAUGUGCCACUGGGCUCAAUGGAAGGAAAUGUGAGCGUUCUAAACUAGUGCUUCGAUAUUAGACACAAACUCAUUCUUAAGGGAGAUGAAUAGCUAAGUGCUUGAGAAAGGUGAGGGUAAAAGAGCGAGGCGACUAAGGUGGCACUGACUUGCCAAACCUUCAUUCCCUGCUAAGCCAACACCAAGCAACUUCAGCUACAGUCAAAUCUUUGGCAAUGUUCUCUCUCUUCUCUUUUGUGCUCUUGUGUCCCACUUUUACAAGUUCAAAUAAAGGAUUAAAGUCCAAUUAAAAGAUAAUCAGAAUUCACGAUACCCAUGCUGUUAUGAGAAUACUGCCAGUCUCGAAUUCACCGGUAAUGGAGAUUAAAGUUUGACUCUUAUUCUUUGACACAAAAACAAAUUCUUCAAAAUGGAUUCACAUAAAAUACUAAUGAAUCUCACUAACGGGAGCCUGAGGGAUCAUCCUGACAAGGGAGGACCAUUCGCAGGGGAAAACCCACUCAAACAUCUCAUAACAGUCGUCGGUAUAUACGCCACAGGAUUACUGUGCGGGUUCGGAAUAUUAGGGAAUAUCUUAUCAUUCAUAGUUCUUGGGAAAGACAAUAAAAGGUUACCGUUAUUUCUCAUAUUGAGAGCUCUGGCUGUUUCUGACUCCAUUUUACUUGCGACGGUCCUGUUUAUGCAAGUCAUGGCGAAUUGUUACGAGUUUACAGGUGCAUUUCGCAGAUUAUACCUAAUCCGUGGUUACCUAGUUAUGUCUGUCUGGCCGUGUAUCAUGAUGGCCCAGAUGAGCUCUGUUUGGUUGACAGUGUUAGUCUCGAUCGAGCGCUGGAUUGCAGUGUGUCACCCGUUGAGGGCGGGAACAAUGUGCACGCUUAAACGAGCCCAUCUCUCCGUGUUAGGCGUCAUGGUCUUCUCAAUCUUUUACAAUAUUCCACGAUUUAUUGAAUAUAAACUCGUCGCUACACCUCGCACAACACACUCAGAAGAUUCGAACAAAAGUUACGACGAGACGUUUUGGAACAAUGAAAAGUCUAAUUUGGGCUCAAAUGAUAUUUAUCGUUACUUAUAUUGUGCAACACUAUAUUUCCUCAUCAUUUUCUUAAUACCUUUAGUCAUGAUCACCAUUUUAAACGUUCGACUAGUUUAUACGAUAAAGACAGCCAAACGACAAUGGGGUAAUAUGACGAAGCGGAUCAAGAAGGAACACAAGAUCACCGUCAUUCCUGUCUGUAUCGUUGUGGUGUUUUACAUCUGUGCGACUCCCGCUUUACUAGCUAUGGUCCUCGAUUCAGUUUUUCUGGGAAAACCAUUUCUAGAUUCCCUAGAAUACCAGACUUACAUCGUCAUAUCAAAUAUGCUUGUCACCCUCAACUCCGCCGUCAACUUUAUCAUCUAUUGCAUGCUGGGAAAAAAGUUCCGUCAGAUUCUGUGGGGGAUGCUGUGUCCGCGUCGACCGCAUAAGGAAUAUAUCACCGCUGCAUCUUUAGUGAGUGUUGAUGAAAACAUGAUGGUCGCUAAGGUGAUGUGUGAGAACGCCUCAACGCCAUGACAACUACUGAAGGUUGUUGCUUGGAAAAACAUGCAUUAAUCAGCAACAAUGUAUCUUGCUAAGGAGAGAGUAAUAGUUUUUGUUUGUGAUAUUGUGUAAACUGUCUGGUGAACUGGGAACAUGUGAUUAGUAUACCUUCCUUGUGACAGCUUUAUCAGUUUCAAUCCUCUAUUAAUGAUAUGCACCAUCUUUAGAUUAGAAUAUUGUUAAAACAAAUUCUACUCAACAAAAUUAUUUUUAAUCAACCUAAAGUUGCGCUUAGCAGGUUCUAUAAGUAAUUGCCUGCCCACAACCAAAGACAUUUUGUCAUCAAUAUUUCAAGGAGGACCAGAUAUGAAAUGAUAUGCAGGGUUUCAGAUUACUUGAUGUGCACAUUACACAUCAAUCAGUUUAUUGGCCUCCAGACACUCAAUCCACCAUCAAAUUGGUUCAGUUAUCAGUAAUGCUAAGCCUGUGAAAGCAUUCAAAGGGGAAGAAUUCUCUCUUUUUCCUUGUCCCACUAUCAGUUAUGAUCCUGAAAAGCAAUUAUAAAUCAGUCGCUUGGUGUAUCCCUGCCUCGUCAAUCUAAAC